AUGGGACUUCUGGUGGUUCUCACGCUGCUGCUGCAGUGUUGGGGGGCCCUCGGAUUUCUAGGGUUGGGGGGCCCCAGGGCCCCUCGAGGAACGCUUGAAGCCAAAGAUGAGGGAGACGUUGUCCGGCUGCUGCGCGUUGAAGAGCUUCAAGCCAUCAGCAGCAGCAGCAGCAGCAGCAGCAGCCAAGAGGCUGCGGUGCUGCUGUUCACCUCAUGGGACUCAAGCAGCACGUUGCUGCUGCAAACGUGGCGGCAAGCGGCUCUCGCGUUUCAGCAGAGCCAGCGAGGGUCUCUUUCUUUGUUGUCUUUGUCUUUAUCUCUUUUUCAAAAAAGAGACAAGACGCAGCCCGCCAAGCUGCUGACAGCAGCAUUUGACUGCGCGCAGCAGCAGCAGCAGCAGCAGCAGCAGCAGCAGCAGCAGCAAGUGCAGCAGCAGCAGCAGCAGGAUGCCAGGUCCCUGUGCCGCAGUCUCGGCGUUUCUGCCUUUCCUGCUCUUCUGUACUUCACUCCACAGCCGAUACGCCCGACGCAGCAGCAGCAGCAGCAACCGCAGCAGCAGCAGCAGCAGCAGCAUAGGCAGCUGCAGCAGCAGCAGCAGAAGCAGCAGCGGUACUGGGGGAUUUGGGACGACCAGGAAGAUCUCUCUCUGCAUCCCCGAGCGACAAGGUACAAAGGAGACCUCUUGAUGAAGGAAGCAAUCGUUGAUUGGAUGAAGCUGCUGCAUGCAAUCUCCCGCCUGCAGCGGGUAGUUAGCAGCAGCAGCAGCAGCAAGGAGGCGCAGCAGCAGCAACUAGAGGAGCGGCUGCAGCAGCAGCAGCAGGUCAUUCAGCAGCAAAAGCAGCUACUGGAGCAGCAACAACUGGAACUGGAGGCGCUGCGUAGGCAGCUGCGUCAGUAG